UCAAAAUGGAUGGAACUAUAUGGACGUUAUUGUUAUUAUUAGUGAAAAUAAGCGGUAUAACAUCACACAAUAGGUACGAUGAAGUGAUGAAUCCGGUCUCUGUGAGAUCAAUAAGUUUUCCAGUGAAGUACAAGAGAAAUUUGCCACCGGAUAGUAUGGACGACCCAUUUAAUGUGUUCAGAUUUAGAAGAAGCUUAGCGAUGAUGUCACAACAUUUUAGCGAAACAACUAUCAUGCCGGGCGUUGAUGUAAAUUUGCAAUGUGUUGUAAGUGGCACUCAUCCAGGAAGAUUUGUAUGGGAGAGGGACGGUAUUGUUAUAUCCUCUAAUACGGAUUCAAGAUACGUCAUCGGUCAGACAUUAUCACUGGACGGUGGAGUUGUCACACAACUGAACAUAUCCCAUAUACGGGUUGAUGAUGGAGGAAGAUAUGCCUGUGUAGCUCAUCAUGGUGACAGCAUCAUCAGCCACGAAGACAGGAUCAAUGUUUAUGGACCACCUUACAUUCGCACUCUUCCCCCGAUUAAGGCCCAAAGUGGACAAAGUGUAACCUUAAAAUGCCCAUACUAUGGAUAUCCUAUAAGGGAUAUCACAUGGGAGUACAGAGGCAAGGAAAUAAAGCCCGAACAAACGAACCGUUACAAACGCAAUGCAAACAAAACAGAACUAUCUAUUGAAAUCUACGGUCGAAAACCAAAGUUAAGAAAACGUGACGUCUCAGUCAACAAUGAUGGUAUCCUAAAUUUAAGUAAGGUCUCCAAAGCCGAGAACGGUGCGUCCUAUGCCUGUAUUGUGCGAAGUCCUUCUGGAGAAAUGGCUAAACGCUCCUUUGACUUGCAAGUCGUGGAGGCCCCUCAACUUGAGGAGAUAAUGCUGGCACCCGAUUUGCAAGAAGGACAAAUUGUCCAAAUUCAUUGUAAUCUGAAGAGUGGUGAUUCGCCGGUUUAUUACUCUUGGUUGAAGGAUGGGAAGAAGAUACCACCACAUUUAAAAAUUGCCGAAAGGAGUUUGGAAGUAUUCAGCGUAUUGAUAAUCAAGAAUGUGUCACUUGAUCACUGUGGGACCUACACAUGCGUUGCUGCCAAUCAUGUAGCUAAAGUCGAUCGAACUGUUAAUUUAUAUAUAAAAGUUGCACCGAAAUGGAGUGAGGAACCGCAAAAUACGUCGCUACUGCUCGGUCGGAAUGGGCACGUGUCGUGCAAGGCAAAUGGCUACCCACAACCUCAGACACAUUGGUUGAAGAAAGAUGUGGUAUCUGAAACCUGGAGACCAGUACUGGAAGUAGCUGGUGGAGGAGUCCUAAGUCUUUCAAAUGGCUCCCUCAUAUUUGACUCUGUGUCAUUAUCUGAUGCGGGUCUAUAUACGUGUCAUGUUGAAAAUGGUGUGGGUGAGGCGCUUAGCAAAACUGUGUGGAUUUCAGUAAAUAAACCCGUCACAUUUGACGUGGCAUCAAGAAACCUAACCGCAAAAUUAGGCCAGCAAGUUACCGUAGAGUGUAUAGCAAAGGGCGAUGACCCGAUAAGAAUGCUGUGGACAAGAAAUGGAAAACCUAUUAACCCUCUGACACAACGAGUGAAAAUAUCAGAAAUGAAGUCCGAGGAUGGUAUGACAAGCAUAUUGGAGUUAAUACAAACUGAAACGAGCGAUGGUGCUCUGUACCAGUGUAAAGCUGGAAAUCCGUUUGGUGCGGAUGUUUAUUCUGUGUUUCUAACAAUAUUGGAACCACCGUUACCUCCAAGUGACUUAUCAGUGGACUCAGUCAAAAGCCGGUCAGUACGGCUUUCCUGGAUAGACACAACGCGUUCACUAGCUCAAUAUUAUACUAUACAGAUAACGAACACGCAGCGAUUAUCAUGGAACAAUGCUCGCGCUAUUAAUGUUACCAGAUCUGAUGAAAUACGUCACACAGUCGACAUAGAACAAUUGCAAGCGGCGACAGGAUAUUCGGCAAGAGUAGCUGGCGGAAAUCAAGCUGACCUGAGCCCUUAUAGUAUACCUGUUAGGUUCACCACAGCUGAAGAAGCUCCAUCAUCAUCACCCCUCAGUGUGCAACUGGAGCAGACGUUGUCGCCCGGAGAGUUACUUGCAAGAUGGCUACCUCCACCUAGUGAUACUCAUAAUGGAAUGAUUCUCGGUUAUCGAGUACGAGCUGUGCCACAACUUAUCGGUUAUAAAGAAUCCCCAGAGAGCAGCGACAAGAUAAUAAAGACAACUUCUGUUUAUUCUAAACAAGAAACCAUUAUAACGGGACUUCUAAAAGGAGUGAGAUACGCAGUGUCCAUAGCAGCCUUCAACAGUGCCGGAAAUGGGCCUUUCUCUAUAGCCUUAUUUGAGGACACAAGGGAAGGAGCACCCGAAGAAGGCCCAACAUCAGUCGAAUGUGGUGGUGUGACGUCAACAGCGCUGCGCGUGAGUUGGCAACCAAUACCGCACCACAAACAGGCCGGCUCAUUGAUUGGUUAUACUGUUCUGUAUGCUGCACAAGGUCGUCAAUGGCAGAAUGCAACCGCACCAGUAACAGAAAUUCGUUUACAAGGACUGAAUAAGUACACCAACUAUACAGUCAAGGUCGCCGGAUUCUCCAACUAUGGGAUCGGACCUUUCUCAUACCCUAUCGUCUGUUCUACUUUGCAGGAUGUUCCGGAAGCUCCAGCGGAAAUAAAGCUUUUAUCGCAGUCGUCAAACACGCUGCUUGUUAGCUGGAAGAAACCUCGACAACCGAACGGAAAGUUGCUCCAUUUUACGCUCUACUGCAAAUCUACUGCCAGUAAUGACGGCCCUGAGUCGCACAGAAUAGAUGCGCAAGAGACUCCAGACGAGACACAUAGCCAUGAGCUAAAGGGUCUACAGGAAGGCAAGCAAUAUGAUGUAUGGGUGACAGCAAGCACUGCCAUUGGAGAGGGUCCUCCAAGCAGACGAGUUAUUGAUGCGCCCCAACAAAGAGUGGUAGCCGGCGUUUCAUCCCUUGGUGGCGACGUUGUAGUACCAGUCCGUGGUUCUCUGGUCCUCGCCUGCAAGAGCGUGGGUGUACCACCACCACGCACUGUAUGGUAUCACAACCAUUACAUCAUUACUCACCAUCCGCGGUACACCAGAAAUAAGGACGACAGUUUACUUAUCAAAAAUAUAGACCAAUCCCUCAGUGGUAACUACACGUGCCUAGCGAAAAACCUCUAUGGAUCGGAUUCAGUCGUGUACUCAGUCAAGGUACUGCCUCUCCCAGAUCCACCCACAUUGAGAGCCACUCCAUUUAAAGACUCAAUUGUCAUUGAGUGGGAUGAAUUGAAGACUAAUAAUGAUACGCUGACAUAUGGGAUUAGUUACAAUCUAACAUGGCGUGAGGGUGAUGGGCCGUGGCAGGAAGCGUGGCCAGUUGUCCAAGAAACGCGCCUUGCAGGAAUACAACAACACACGCUAUCAGGUCUUAAGUGCGGCACCAAGUACUCCGUCAGAGUGACUGCUACAGAUAACGUUGGGACAUCUGCGCCCGCUCAUGUCGAUAUUACGACCUUAGGUGGAGCCCCAAUAUCACCCCCUACCACUGAUUGGCUUUGGAGUAACGCCACACACAUCUAUAUACAACUGAGUGGAUGGGAUGACGGUGGAUGUGACAUCACCAAGUGGGAUGUUGACUACAGACCUCUGGGGUCUAAUGUAUGGCACCGGGCUGAUAAUAGAGCGGCAAUGGAAGUUGCCCAUCACUGGGGCUACGACUAUCGUUCAGCACUCGGUGCUCCAUCUCACUACGCUGUAGCCGUUCAACCUGCUACGUGGUAUCAACUACGAGUCACCGCGCUUAACGACGCUGGGAAAGCUACGACACUCUACACAUAUGCUACGAAAACCGUAGAUGGAGAGGAAAUCGGCCCUCCUUCAGAUCUGUUUGACCUUAACAUGUUGGUGAUAAUAUGCAGCUCCAUUCUACUCGUAAUAUGUUCACUUGCUUUCAUCUGUAUUCUGGUUAAACGGCAUAGACAAACCUUCUCAUCUCAGUACCGUCACUCCAUUGCUGAAGAAGUAAAAUCCCGGAACGAGAGUGUCGCGUCGCACUCCGAGAAUAAAGACAGAUAUGCGCAUACGCCGCGGAUAUACACAUCUCCCAUACAUCCACGUAAACCUAGUAAAAAUGAAAUGUUUGAGAUAAGCCCGUACGCGGAAUUUGCCCUCGGAUUCCGUGCAUUUGACCACGUGGAAAAUCAAGAUCUACCCAGCAGACUACCUGGAAGACCAAGAUUCGAUACUGAGACUAGUUUCGCUAACCGAUCAGAGUCCGAUGAUAGCGAUAGCACAUCAAAAGCCACGGUAUCAGCUAUGCCAAGACGUCACUGCCGAACUCCGCACCACAGAUAAAAAUAUAAGUUUUAUAAUGAAUUAAACCAUAUCAUAAGUAAUGUUGUUUAUGUAUAAGAAUACAAUUAUACCUAAUAUUUUUACACAGAUAAAAUUUAUCUGUGUAAAAAUACGUAAUGUGUA